AUGGUGCUUCCUACGAAGUCACCAAGAGCUGAGGGUAUGAAAAAGGCUGCAGUCUUGCCAAUGGAAAAGGAAGAGACGUCUUUAAGAUCUAGCCAGCUGUACUCCAAACUGCUCGAUGAAGCUGAGAAAAUCAAACUCUGGAAGUUCAGAACCGAUUCAGAUAUUUCACAAAAAGACAGAAAACUACAGGAGAACAGAAAAACCAUAGAGACACAGCGCAAAGCUAUUCAAGAGCUGCAGUUCGCAAAUGAAAGUCUGAGCAUUAAAUUAGAGGAUCAACUCAAUGAGAAUGAAGACCUUAGGAAUAAAACUAAUGCAACCAGAAAUCUGUGUAACAUACUAAAGGACACAUUUGAGAGAUCUGCUGAGAAAAUGAAUUUUUUUGAAGCUGAACGGGAAGAAACGCAUGAUCUAUUUAUGCAGAUCAGUGAGAAUGUUCAGAGGAUGGUGGCAGCAUUUGAAAGUCUUCGGAAGCAGGCAGAAGCAGAUCAGCAGGAUAUGUUGAAAUUAAGAGAAUGCCUUGCACAGUUUGAAGAUCUUAAAGUGCAGCUUCAGAGUGAAUGCAAUUUCAAGGAGGAGCAGGUUGCCAUUCUUCAAGAAAAACUCCAAGAGAAAGAGAAUGAUUUCAAAGAGGUUUCCUUAAAACUUCAGGAGGCACAGCACAUCUGCAGUGUGCUAGAGGAGUCUUCAAGGAAACACCAGGAACUACUUCACAGUGCUACACAGGACCGAGAAGCACUUGAAGAGAAGCUCAAUGUGAUACAGCAGCUUAAAUGGGAGCUGGAGGAAAACCAGAGAGCCUUAACUUACAAACUUAAGCAAACCAUGGAAAACCAUGAGAAACUUCUUCAAAAGAAAGACACAGAAAUAGAGGAGCUGAACAACAUCAAAGAGCAACGGACAAACCAACUUGCAGAUAUGCAGCUGACAGUGAAUUCUUUGCAGUCCUCACUAACAUCUGAGAUACAGAGGGCACAAGACCUUGAGACAAAACUAAGCUCAGUGGUGAAUGAUCUCAGUGAAAAGAAUGCAGAGAUAGAAGUUACCAAGAGCCAGAAUGUGGACCACUGCAAGCAAUUACAGAUACUCAGAAAAGACCUGGAUGAGAAGUCGUACUCUCUUUGGUCCAUAAAGGAGGAAUUAAAGGCUAGCGAGGCUCAGAUGCUCAAACUUAUUACCUCACUUGAAGAGAAACAAAGUGAAGCAAAUCAUUUGAAGGAAACAAUAGAGAACAUAACCACAGAAAAUAACAACAUGCUGGAGACCCUGACUAAAGUUAGAUGUGAAAAUGAAAACCUUCAAGAACAACUUGGUUUAAAAGAGGCUAAGUUGAAAGAGAUGGAGGAAGAAUUGUCAGGAGCUUUGGAGAGCCGUUGUAAAUCGUCAAACAAGGUAGAAAAAUUGGAGAGGGACAUAAAACAAGAGAAAGAAAAAAAUAAGGAGCUGAAACUGAAGCUUAAUGACCUGCAGAUACAGAAAGACACCAUUCAAAAGCAGGCAGAGAGUGGUGCCUUAGAAAAGAAAGUCCUUCAGUCUCAACUAAUGGAAAGCAAAGCAAAUGCAGAAAUAGAGAAGACAGAUGUAGAGAAACUUAAGAAAGAAAAACAACAGCUUCAAGAGCAGGUAGAUAUUUUAUCAGCAAAAAUCACAGGGCAAGAUGAAGAGAGUAGAAAUGUUCAGGAGCAGUUGAGAGAGAGUGGCAAAGGUGCAAAGAAAGAACUUCUGAUGAAAGACAAGCAAAUCAAAGCUCUGGACACAAAACUGACAAAUCUUAAAACAAAACUAGAGAUCAAAACAAAAGCUCACGAGGAAUGUCUGAAAGAGGUGAAGGAAUUGAAGGAAGAUUUGGAUAGUGUGAAGAAACAUCACAACGAAGAGCUUCAGAAAAUAAGAUCAGACCUUCACGAGAAAUCAACAUCAGAGGCACAACUUAACCUUGAGGUGCAGAAAGUGAAGCAAACAGCCACGGAAGCAUUGAAGAAUAAAGAUGAGACAGAAAUCAAAUGCCAGCAGAAGAUAUCAGACAUGGUUGCUUUGAUGGAGAGGCACAAGCAUGAGUAUGACAAAAUGUUAGAAGAAAAAGAUGCAGAGCUGAGUGAAAAACGAAUGAAAGAAGCUGAAGUCAAUGCAAGCAAAGCUUCGCUGGAACUGGAGCUGUCCCACUUGCAAUUGGAGAAUGAUGAGCUAAGAGAACAACUUGAAAGGAUAAAAGCAGAAAAUGUGGUCCUGAAGACACCAGUUUCACCUCAUGAAAAAGACACUCUUCAGCAGAUAACUGACAACAAAGCAAAGAAGGGAAGAAACAAAAUGUCUAAAACGCCUAAAGCUAGCUGCACAAAGAGGAAUGUGUAUGAUCUUUUAAAUGAUGAAGAAAAUGAAUCUUGCACUCCUGCUGGAGAAGUGCAGGAAGUCCUUCAUAACCCAUUAUGGAGCCGGAGCAAAGCAACUGGAACAACGCCUCAAAUAAAGUCAUUCCGAAUUCGCACACCUCCCACACCUGCGAUUAUGGGGUCUUGGAAGAAAAAUAUUCUGAAGUUGGACCCGAAGUCAGACACCUCAGACAGCAAUGAUAUAUUGAGUUUCUCUCCAAGACCCGUUAAAUCAAAGAAACCAAUGCAGCCAAAAGACCCUAACACAGAGAGCCUGGACAUGUUUAACAAGGUGCAGGUGCAGAGUUCAUUCAUCAAUAAGUCUCCUGGUACAGCGCUGAAACUGGCUGCGAUAAAGCGCAUGCGAGAUGCUGGAUGGACCACCGUCAGCCGUUCAGAUAAGAAGAAGAAAAAAGUAACAGAUAAAAUCUUUGCUUGA